UCCACUACGUCUCCUUGACAAGUCGCGUUAUUCUUGUUUAACCUGUACACAGGAAAAAAAGAGAGAUGAAGCUGCAACUUUUCACAGUUACUCUAUUGAAGUAUUUGGCACUGGCCAAUCAAGCAGAAGGAGAAAAACAGUUGAUGUCCACUAAUGAAUAUGAGGGCCUUUUCGAUGAUCCAUACUUCAGCUCAAUGGAGAACACUACUUAUGCUUAUGAAGACUACGAACCAUCUACUCCCUGCAACAUCACUGUGCCUGGAUUUAACAGCUUGGGCCUGAUGAUUGUCUACUUCAUCGUGUUUGUUUUCAGCCUCUUUGGCAACAGCGUAGUCGUCUAUGUGGUUUGCUAUAUGAAGAAAGGCAGAGCCAGCACAGAUAUCUACUUGAUGCACCUUGCGCUGUCAGACCUCCUCUGCUGCCUCACCCUCCCGUUCUGGGCUGUGGAUACGCACUUUGGUUGGAUCUUUGGCAACUUCCUGUGCAAACUCUUCUCGGGCUUUCAGGAGGCCUCAGUGUACAGCGGCGUGUUCCUGCUGGCGUGCAUCAGCGUGGACCGUUACUUUGCCAUUGUGAGAGCCACACGUGUGCUGCCCUCUCAUCACCUGCUGGUCAAAGUGGUGUGCAGCGUUGUGUGGCUGGUGGCUGCAGCGCUGGCCUUACCUGUGGCCAUUAAGAGGGAGAGCAUGUACGAUGAUGACCUGGGCAAGUUCAUCUGCUACGAAAACCUAACUAAUGAAAGCAGUGACCAGUGGCAAGUCAGCAUACGUCUCCUGAGGCAUACGAUGGGCUUCUUCCUGCCUCUGCUGGUCAUGGCGGUGUGUUACGGCUGGACCGUGGUGACACUGUUCCACACCCGCAGUCAACAGAAGCACAAGGCCAUGCGCGUCAUCCUGGCAGUGGUGUUGGCAUUUAUAGUGUGCUGGCUGCCUCAUAACGUCACUGUGCUGAUUGACACACUCAUACGAGGCGAGACGAUUGAGGUGAAGACAUGUGAAACUCGCUACAGGGUGGAAGUGGUUCUACAUUUGGCCAAAGUGUUAGCCUUCAUGCACUGUGCGGUGAACCCGGUGUUGUAUGCCUUCAUUGGGGAGAAGUUUCGUAACCAGCUGCUCUUAGCUCUCUACAAACAUGGCUGCAUCAGCAAGAGGCUCCACAUGGCUUACAGAAAGAGCUCCGGCAGCAGUAUCAGAUCCAGAAACACCUCUGUCACUAUGUGAACAAAAAGUUCUAAUGGAGGAUUAGGUGGUGGCGAUUUAUAUUUCUACUCCCAGGUGGCCAAUUGUUGUAAUAUAAUCUGAAAAGAAAAAGAAAACUAAUAUUUGUUAGAUGGUGGUUAGCACUUUCACCUUGCAGCUGGAAGAUCCCCGGUUUGUGUCCCGACCUGGGCCUGGGAGCUUUCUCUGUGGAGUUUGCAUGUUCUCCCUGUGCAUACAUGGGUUUUCUCCAGGUACUGCUUCUUCCCAUAGUCCAAAAACAUGCUCAGGUUUAUUGGUGAUUCUAAAUUGUCUGUAGGUGUGAAUGUGAGUGUGAUUGUUGCCUCUAUGUGUAGUCCAGUGAUAGAGUGGUGACAUGUCCAAGGUGUCCCCUGCCUUCACCCAAGGUCAGCUGGAUAGACUCCAGCCCCCCGUGACCUUAAUGAGGAUUAAACAGUGAAUAAAUGAUUGAUGGAUGGAGGAAUAACAAGACUGCUAAUAAAGUUCACACUGGUUAUUUACUUCAGAGCCUCAGCAUCCUGCCAUAGCCCAGAUGUAACAUUUACAAGCAGGACUGUGUUUUUAUUUUCAAAUAACUUAAUUAUCAUUGAUCAAUGAGUCCAAAAGGUUCACACUCCAGAAGGAAAAAACAAAAAACAAACAAAAAUGGAGAACUUUCUAUCAAAGUGCAUGAUGAGAAAGCUGCCCAGUUUGGACUACUUCCAUGAUGCCAUACUUUCACUGCUUUGAGAACUCAUGCAGCUAUUAAGAUGUUAUUGUUGUGCAUUUUACAAAGCUUGCAUGUUUCUUCUUGAAAUGAAAGGCAUUUAAGUCCCAUAUUAAUGAAAUGUCUUCAGACACUGCAGUGUUUCCAUUUGAACACCUUUUUGUUUUGUUGACCUGAAAAAAAAAGCUUUUCUGCCUAUCAGCUAUCUUAAUCUUUUAAACAGGAAGAAGUGGUGAAAUCUGCUCUUUGUUUUCAAAAGCAGUGUACGUUGCGUCUCUUAGAUGAUGACUGUCAUUUAUGCAACAAUUCUGUAGAAGCCAUGGCUGCAGGAAACAAAACAUUGUGGUUCGUAACAAGUGUUGUAAUAAUACAAUGUUGCAUGUUUUUCACUGUCCAUGAACUUGUUUCUUGCAUUAUUAAUAAAAUAUUUUCUAGA